AAAUGACGUCGCAGGAUAAACAAACGGCGAAGGGGAGGAGGAGGCGUUGCAGGAGGAAGCGGUAUCUCUGACAGUAUUCAGAGGAGACUUUAUCCUCACGUUAUUUUUUGUUUUUAAUUAUAAUAUUAUUUUAAUAGAAUGCAGUCUUCCAAAAGGAGUGAAAGUGACUGGCAGGGCCUGGUCAGCGAGUUCCUGGUGUGCAAGCGUAAACUGGAGAGUAAGAAAGAGGCUCUGCUCAUUCUGUCCAAAGAGCUGGAUACCUGUCAGCAGGAGAGAGACCAGUACAAGCUCAUGGCCAACCAGCUGAGAGAGCGCCACCAGGGUCUCAAGAAGAAGUACACAGAGCUCAUUGAUGGCGAUCCCUCAUUGCCACCUGAAAAACGCAAUCAAGUGAACUUGGCUCAGCUUUUGAGAGACUCGAGGGAACAAGCUAAACAGCUCGCUGAGGAGGUGAAGGAGCUGACGCAAAGGCUAACAGAGGCCCAAGGGGACAACAAGCUUCUGAGAAUGACCAUUACCAGACAACGGCUGGGGGACGAGGAAGUGGGGGCACGCCACUUUCCUGCUCAUGAACGUGAGGAUCUGGUUCUCCAGUUAGAGAGGGCAGGACUACAGAUGGAAGAGAUGGAGCACAACAUUAAGGCUGUGACAGACGAGCUGCAGGACGUGAAGGCAGAGCGCAAUGUGUUCCGGGAGAAGGCUGAUCGACUCAAUGUGGAGCUUAACCACAUCUUGGGCAACAACGAGGCACGCAUUAUUGAUGUGGACGCCCUCUGCAUGGAAAACAAGUAUUUGCAUGAACGUUUUGGUCAACUGCAAGAGGAAGUGAAUCUGCUAAAAUCUAACAUCAUGAAAUACAAGACUGCUCUUGAGAGGCGGAAAGACUCCAGCACAUUUGGGAAAUCAAAGCACAGUCCCCUGACUGGAGUCCUCUCAGCCAAGCAAGUGCAGGAGAUGCUUCUGGAAGAGCAGGGUUGCAGUCUGCCAGCCACUCCUCAGUCCAUCCAUGACCUCAAGUCUCUGGCCACUGCUCUGCUGGAGACCAUCCAUGAGAAGAAUUUGGUCAUUCAGCACCAGAGGCACACAAACAGGAUCCUUGGAAACCGAGUUGCUGACUUAGAGAGAAAGCUGAAGACCCUGGAGGUUUCAGGACUCUGGAGCCUUCCAGGCUUGACCUACCGUUUAUCUGUGGGAAUUGGGAGGACACGAAACAGCAUCACGCUGAAUGAAAACCUUCAACCGGAGCUUCGUCCAACACCGGCCACAUCGCAGCCAAUCAUGCAGCCCAUGGUACAGCCACCCAGGGACAGCAGAGGUCCAGAUGAAUUACUGUGGGAAUGCCACACCCCUGGCAGCGACCUUGGCACAGAUGGCGUCAGUGGGGAAGCCACACCUGCACUGCUCAACAGUGUGGAGACACUGGCAGGGUUGGAGAGGAAUGAAGUGGACAGGAGUGGCAGGGAGAGAGUGACCCUGAUGGUGGAUGAAGCCGGCAAAGAAGAGUUGGACCAGCAGCGCAGUCCGGUGGAGGAGGCGGGGCAAGAAGUGGAAGGAAUUGAAGAUGAAGAACUAUGCUCCACAGUAGAGGAAGGAGAAGAGGCGGCCUUAGCGCUGGAUGUUCAGCCUAACGAAUUAGAGCUUCCUUGGACCCUGAACGUUCGAAGCCUUUGUGGUCGAACAGAGGCAGGACAUAAGCGCAGUGUAACUCAGGACACUGAGUCUCAUGAACAGCCAUCAACACCAACUCCAGAGCAUCAGGCCUCAGAGGCAUCGAGCACUGUAGAGUGUGCUAUCCUCUGGCCCUCUGCACAGAGUGACUCCUGUCAAAGCAACAACUUGGCGUGAGACACUUAAAGUUAAUCCAACCUUUUGUCCGUUUCAUCCUCAUGGAUAAUUGUAUUAAUCAUCCCUCAGUGUUCCAGCAGCCUCUGCUCAGCAGCUCCCAGUUCCACCUGGCGGCCUUGUUCUAGUCAAUAACGCAGAGAGAACACUUCAACUUCCCAGCCUCUGUCUACAGUGCCAGAGGUGCGUGAGUAUCGAGACAGGCUUGUUGCUACGCAGGAAGGGAAAAUCAUGAAAUCAAUUGAGUUUAAAUCUUUUUGCCCUACAGGCUGAAACGAAGCCAAAACAAUAACAAAUAUGGCCGCAUAAACUCUUUCCAACUCUAAUCUCUUCUUUUCAGCUGCGGUUGAAUAAUCACAAUUCUUUUCUUACUUCUGGCAUUUCAUUACUACUCACAUAUUGGAGUUUACAAUGUAAAAUAUAAAUAAUCUAAUGACUGCUCAA